AUGCCCUUCAAAAACCAAGAAACACCUUAUUGUCCUCACUGUGGACACGCUGGUUUCCAAGCUGAAUCUGUUUCUGCUGCUGGGAAACAAUGGCACAAGACCUGUUUGACAUGUGGUCUGUGUAAAAAAAUGAUAGAAACAACAACGAUGGUUGAACAUGUGGAGAAUGAGUACUGCAAACAAUGCUAUGCUGGUAAAUUUGGUAUUCGUGGAGUUGAAUUCGGCAUAGAAGAUGGAGCACUUGGAAUGGAUACUGGCGAUCAUUUCAUACACAAGCAAUUUCAUCAUUAG